AUGAAAGGUAACCAGAAAGAUUCGUCGGAGAAACCCAUAUGGGAUCGAAGCUCAUCAAGCACUUCAAUACCCGGAAUCUGGUCGUUAACCAGACCCGGUCCAAAACUCAUGGUUUGGUUAAUCUGCUUCAUUGUUUUCACUUACAUUAUCUACAUGCUUAAACUCGUCUCUACCUCACGCUCCUGUGACGAUUCCAUUCCUUUCGUCUCCGCCGUCUCCACCAACGCUUCCUCCAAUGUCUCUUCCUCCUCCGUAUCUUCACGGCGACAAGAUUGGGAAGAGGAGGAAGCGGUGGAUGAACCGACCGAUCUACAACACGUGGUGUUCGGAAUCGCUGCUUCUUCAAAGCUAUGGAAACAGAGGAAAGAGUAUAUCAAGAUCUGGUAUAAACCAAAACACAUGCGUGGCUACGUUUGGUUAGACAAAGAGGUCAAGAAAAGCCUCAACGACGACAAUGAAGACGAUGAGGACCUUCUUCCUCCGGUGAAAAUCUCCGGCGACACUGCUUAUUUCCCUUACACGAACAAACAAGGACAAAGAUCUGCGUUACGGAUCUCAAGAAUCGUGUCGGAAAUGAUGCGUUUAGGUUUAGAGAACGUGAGGUGGUUCGUGAUGGGUGAUGAUGACACGGUGUUCGUCACGGAUAAUCUGAUUCGUGUGUUGAGGAAGUACGACCAUGAACAGAUGUAUUACAUUGGAAGCUUGUCGGAAUCUCAUUUACAAAACAUAUUUUUCUCGUACGGUAUGGCUUAUGGUGGAGGUGGAUUUGCUAUAAGUUAUCCAUUGGCUAAGGCUUUGAGCAAGAUGCAAGAUCGGUGUAUACAAAGGUAUCCUGCAUUGUAUGGAUCAGAUGAUCGCAUGCAAGCUUGUAUGGCUGAACUUGGAGUUCCACUCACUAAAGAACUUGGCUUUCACCAGUACGACGUUUACGGGAACCUCUUUGGCCUCCUCGCUGCGCACCCAGUAACACCUUUCGUCUCAAUGCACCACCUCGACGUGGUGGAGCCGAUAUUCCCGAACAUGACACGGGUCCGCGCCCUCAAUAAGCUAACCUCGCCGAUGAAGCUCGACUCAGCCGGUCUUCUCCAGCAGUCGAUAUGCUACGACAAGUACAAGAGCUGGACCAUCUCGGUCUCGUGGGGCUACGCGGUCCAAAUAUUCCGCGGAGUAUUCUCUCCUCGAGAAAUGGAAAUGCCUUCUAGAACUUUCUUGAAUUGGUACAAACGAGCGGAUUACACUGCCUACGCUUUCAACACCAGGCCAGUUAGCCGAAACCCGUGCCAAAAACCGUUUGUGUUUUACAUGUCGAGCACGAAAUUUGAUCCGCAGCUGAACACGACAGUUAGUGAGUACUCGAGACACCGUGUGAAGCAUCCGUCUUGCCGGUGGAAGAUGACAAACCCAGCUGAGAUAAACACCAUCGUUGUUUACAAAAAACCGGACCCUCACCUAUGGGAACGGUCACCGAGGAGGAACUGUUGCAGAGUAUUACAAACAAAGAGGAAUAAUACGUUAUGGAUCAAUGUUGGUGUCUGUAGAGCAGGUGAAGUCACCGAGGUUAAGUAA